UGCUUUGUUUGAAAGUGUCAGCAAACCAAACCCCAAACGCAUCUCUCUCUCUCUCCCUCCCACUCCAAUGCCUAAUAUACCAAAAACCCACAACGGAUUCAGUUUCAUUCCUCUCUUUCAAGCUCAAUCAAGAAGAACAAAGUCCCUUCCAUGGCUGACAAGAUUCAGCCCUGGAUUUCUCUCUCUUUCUUCUCCCUCUUCUUCUUCUUGUUUCAAGGUUUUCUGUUUUCUCUUUGUUUUGGCCAAUUGGGUCCUCCUCAAAACACUGAAACUUUCUAUCCCAUCACAAUCUCACCCCCUUCUUCUUCUCCUUCUCCAAGCAAUUCCAAUCAAACUCCUCCAUUAGUCUCUCCCCAAACUCCGCCGCCCAAGCCGUCGUCAUCGAGCCAUAACAAGAUAGCGAAGGCGGUGGCGGCUACGGCCGCGAGCACCCUGGUGGUCACCGGUUUGGCCUUCUUGUUGAUCCAACGGUGGAUCGUCGCGAGACGGAAGCGAAAGAGCAGCGGUGGAAACAUCGGUACUAAUUCGAAGCUCGACGGCUGCGGCGGCGGCGGAGGUGUUAGGGCUAGGUCUUUGCAGUCCCGGAGUGAGUUUGUUAGAUACGAAGGAGAUCUCAAGGGGUUCAUUGUGGACGAAAAUGGUCUUGACGUGCUUUAUUGGAGAAAGCUCGAGAGGAGAAACUCGUCGUCCGAAAAAGGUCUCAGAAAAGAGGUUUUGCGUAACAAUCUGAGAGCUAAAGAAGGUUGUGAUGAAGAUGAUGAUAAUAAUGAUGAUGAAAGGAAUGUGGUAGAUAAUCGUAGAAGUAGAAGAAAGAAUGAAAAGAUUCAAGAAACGCCUCUUCUCCGAGGGAAGUCUUCGACUUCACAUGUAAAAGUUGUACCGGAAGUAGUCAAUAGUAAUGGAAUUAAAACUUCUUCAAUUCCACCAAAACCAAGUGUUGGAAUUGUCUUCAAGGACGUCCAAGAACCAGAAUUGGAACCAAGCCGGUCCUCGUCCGCCUCUCCUCCUCCUCAGCCUUCCUUGCCACCAACACCGCCACCACUGCGGCCUGCGCCUAUCUCUGCAAUUCCUAAGAAAAGCCCUCCGCCGCCUCCGCCGCCACCUCCGAUUCCACCCAAGAAAGCUCCUACUCCGCCACCUCCUCCCCGGCCCAAGGCGCGCAGUUUGAACUCGUUGUCUAAACCGCCUCCGCCGCCACCUCGUAAUAGAGAGCAAACCUCCGGCGAAGGCACGUCCGGGACAGGAAACGGUCAAGUGAAAUUGAAGCCUUUACAUUGGGACAAAGUCAACACCAACCCCGAGCAUUCUAUGGUCUGGGACAAAAUCAACGACAAUGGUUCUUUUAGGUUUGAUGGAGAUCUUAUGGAAGCACUUUUUGGAUACGUAGCCACCAACCGAAAAUCCCCAAAAGAAAACAAGAAUAACAACAACAACAACAACAACAACAACAACAACAACAAAACACAAUCAAAAUCUGGUCCUUCAGCUCAGACAUUUAUACUAGACACCCGAAAAUCUCAGAACAUUGCCAUUGUACUAAAGUCACUUUACGUGUCUCGCAAGGAAGUCAUUGACGCCCUCAUGGAAGGCCAAGGCGUAAGCCAAGAAACUCUCGAGAAGCUCUCCAGAAUCACCCCAACCGAGGAGGAGCAAUCCCAGAUCCUCGAAUACACCGGAGACCCGAUGAGGCUCGCCGACGCCGAAUGCUUCCUCUUCCACAUCCUCAAAGCCGUUCCCUCCGCUUUCACCAGGCUUAACGCCAUGUUGUACAGGUCUAAUUACGGACCCGAGAUUGUCCACCUCAAGGACUCCAUACAGACGAUUGAAUUGGCCUGCAAAGAGCUGCGAACACGGGGCCUUUUCGUAAAAUUACUCGAAGCCAUUCUCAAAGCUGGAAACAGAAUGAAUGCAGGGACUAGUAGAGGAAACGCGCAGGCUUUUGAUCUCACCGCGCUUAGGAAGCUCUCUGACGUGAGAAGCACAGAUGGCAAGACUACUCUGCUUCAUUUCGUCGUCGAGGAAGUCGUCCGGUCGGAGGGAAAGCGGUGCGUGAUUAACCGGAACCGGAGCUUGAGCCGGUCCCGAAGUCAGAGCAGCAGUAGCAGAAGCUUGAAUUCCGAUAAUUACAAUCAAACGACGUCGUUUAAGGAAGAAAGAGAGAAGGAAUACGUAAUGCUCGGCUUACCGGUCGUCGGAGGAUUAAGCUCGGAGUUCUCUAACGUGAAGAAAGCGGCGAGUAUCGAUUACGACAACUUCUCGUCGGCUUGCGCAACUCUUUCGACGAGAACAAGGGAGAUUAGAAAGCUCAUUGUGUCGCAAUCGGUAAAGGGUGGAUUUGCGAGAGAAAUGGAAGAUUUUAUUGAGUCUGCUGAGGAAGAGGUUAAGAUGGUGGGUGAUGAGCAGAAGAGAGUAAUGGAGGUUGUGAGGAAAACGACGGAAUAUUAUCAGGCCGGGACUUCGAAGAACAAAGGGGCUCACCCGUUUCAGCUGUUUAUUGUAGUGAGUAAUUUUCUGGGGAUGGUUGAUCAGGUGUGUGUGGAGAUUGCUAGGAAUUUGCAGAGGAAGAGAGGGAAUAUUGGGAGUGGUGUAGCUUCUUCGCCGAAGUCGCCGCCGCCGUCGAGGGUGGCGGUAAGGUUCGCGAACUUGCCGGAGAAUUUCAUGUCCGACAAGUCCUCCGGGAGAAAUUCUAGUGACUCAGAUAAUGAAUAAUUUUACGUUUUCAUUGGUGUACAUGAAGUAGGAAAGAUGGUUUAGAGUUACAAGGUAAAAAAGGAAAUCACUGGAGUUAUUUUUUUUGUUAUUAUUAUUGUUUCAAAAUUUUUUCUUUAUUCCUAA